AAAAUGGAGUAUAAUAAUCCAUUUAAAAAUCCUUUCACGAAAUUUUCGAAGGCUAAGUCAACUUUGAACAACUCUUCUGAGGAGUCAAGACCACAGUCUAGAUUAGACAAAAAAGUACCCAAGACUGGCAAGAAGUCCAAGAAGGGUCCUUCGGGUAUUCCAUCAAAUCAGCAUAAUCAAUAUGGUGGCGUGAAGUCUAGAGUGUUUGAUUUCAUGGGAGGUCCACCAAGACCAGCAACCAUUAAAAAGUCAAGAAAUGGAGUUGCUGUAUCUCAACCGCCCUGAAAAUCAGUGAAAAAGCUUACUCAACAGAGAUUGCAAGAGCUUGAUCAUAAGGACAAGAAGAGAGAAAGCAAAACACCAAAUUUUAGAAAGAAUCCUCAAGCCAAUCCAAAUUUUAGUAAAGAAGAAAGAAAGUCCGCGCAAAUUUUAGACAGCAGUGAAAAAGCUCAUUGCGGUAACAGUGAAAAUCUCAGUGGAGACAAUGCUGAUGUAGAGCAGGUCAUUAAGCAUGUUGAUGUGGAGCGCCCACAACAAGAUGAGGGUCCUAUGUCUAAAGAUUGCCCUCUUGGUCAACCAUUAGUUCAUAAGCCAAAGGAUGUAGAAAUGGAGGUUGAUAUUAAUGUUGACAGUCCAAGAGCCAUUCCAAGUUAUACAAAGCCAUUUGAAACUGCUGAUUUUGAGCCCAACCAACAAAUUCAGGAUAUGGAAGUAUCCUCUCUGAAUCAAAUGUCUCAGACUAAAAAGUUUGGAGAGUCUCACUCAGAUGAAGACGAAGGGGAUUGGGUUGAUUUGCUUCAAGGUUCUGACGAAAAUUUACAAGAUAAGGAGAACACAGAAAAUGCUCAACCAAAUGCCCAGAGUACUGACAAGAAUCAUGAAGAACGCCCCAAAGAAGAUAUUGAAGCAGAGAGACUCUUCCAAAAAUCAGUUGGAGAAUUUAAGAAAGGCAUGGAAGAACUAAAAAGAAAAUCAGAAGCGAAGCAUUCGCUGAAGUCCUCACUUAAAGUUCCCACUGAAAAUGGAGUUCGUGGUGAAGGAUUUAAUAAGAAUGUCAAAAUCAAAACUCCUCAUAAAGGAACUGUAUCAAGUCCUGAUGAUGUGCCUCAAGUUCCAAGACAAACUUUCUGUCCUGAAGAAUGGAGUCUGGAUAACUUUGAAAUUGGUAGACCUCUUUCACGCGGAAAGUUUGGCCAUGUUCUCCUUGUGCGGGAAAAAGUCACUAAAUAUUUGUUCGUGCUCAAGAUGAUGUUUAAAAGCCAAUUACGCAAAAAUCCAAAAUAUCUGAAGAACUUCAGAAGAGAAGUAGAGAUUCACUCUAGACUAGAUCAUCCAAAUAUUGUGAAGAUGUGAGGAUGGUUCCAAGACAAGAAACGCUUGUUCUUGAUCUUAGAAUUCUGUGCAGAAGGUGAACUCUUCUCUUACCUAUACAGCCAGCCACAGAAAAGAUUCACUGAGGAUAUUGCUGCAAGAUACAUCAAGCAAAUGAUAGAAGCUCUUAUUUAUCUCCAUUCUAAAAACAUCAUCCACAGAGACAUCAAGCCUGAAAAUAUUUUAGUUGAUGGUGAGGAUAUCAAGCUUGCUGAUUUCGGAUGGAGCAUUCAUACUCCAAAGAACAGAAGGAACACUUUCUGCGGAACUCUGGACUACCUACCUCCUGAAAUGGUUAAAGCAAAAGACUACGAUUCAAGGAUCGAUCUCUGGAGCAUCGGGGUGCUAACCUAUGAGCUUUGCAGUGGGUCUGCUCCAUUCCACUGUAAAUCUGAUUCGAAGGUAUACACAAAGAUAAAAAAGGCAGAAUAUCAGCUAUACUCUUACUUCUCCCAAGACCUUAGAAACUUCAUCAAAAGGUUCCUCAAGGCUGACCCUGAUCAAAGAAUGAGCUUGGAAGAAGCCUUGGAGCAUCCUUGGAUUGUUAAGAACACAGGGGAACAAGACGGACAGGGAGAGGCUGAAAUGGAGCUUUAAUUUUUUAAUUCAUUUCUCUGA